AUGGACAAAAUCAAUUUGACGUCUGGGGAAGAUUUUGUUUUGCUUGGAUUUUCUGAUGAGCCACAAUUGGAGUCAGUCCUUUUUGUGGUAGUUUUGACAUCUUAUAUUCUAACCCUUGUUGGCAACUCAGCCAUCAUCCUGGUCUCCUGUCUGGACUCUAAACUCCACACACCUAUGUAUUUCUUCCUCACUCACCUCUCCUUUCUUGACCUUUGCUUCACUACCAGCAUUGUCCCCCAGCUAUUGUGGAACCUGAAGGGACCAGCCAAGACCAUCUCAUCCACUGGUUGUGCCAUUCAACUCUAUGUGUCCCUCUCAUUGGGCUCCUCUGAAUGUGUGCUCCUUACUAUCAUGGCAUUUGACCGCUAUGUGGCUGUGUGCAGACCUCUCAGCUACACUUCUAUCAUGCACACAUCAUUCUGCAAGGCCUUAGCAGGAAUAGCAUGGCUCUGUGGCAUAGGGAACACUCUCAUCCAGAGCACCAUCACCCUUCAGCUUCCCCGAUGUGGGCACCAUCAUCUCCACCAUUUCUUCUGUGAGGUGCCUGCCAUGAUAAAUCUGGCAUGUGUCGACAUCCAUGCAAAUGAAGUCCAGCUCUUUGUGGCCACAUUAGUGCUGCUCCUUCUUCCUAUGACCUUGAUACUUGUCUCCUAUGGUCUCAUUGUUCAAGCAGUGAUAAAAAUCAAGUCAGUCCAAGCUUGGCGCAAGGCCCUGGGGACCUGUGGCUCCCAUCUCUUGGUGGUGUCCCUCUUCUUUGGGACCAGCUCAGCCAUCUACAUCCAGCCAAAGCGAUCCUAUGGCCAUAGCCAGGGCAAGUUCCUCACACUCUUUUACACAGUUGUGACUCCCACCCUCAAUCCCCUCAUAUACACCCUGAGGAACAAGGAUGUGAAAGGAGUCCUGAAGAGAUUGCUGAGGAGAGAGCCAAAUUCCUAA